AUGUCAAAAAACAAUAAAAAAGGUUCAUUACCAAUAAAUAAAAAACCACUAUCAGUUGAUAAACUAUAUGGUAAAUCUGAUGUAGAUAGUUUUAUUCAAAAAAAGAACAAAGUUGAUUUAUCAACUAUUAAAGGAAAACAUAAUAAUAAAAGCAAAAUAGCAGAAAAGGUUGAUAUCGGAUUAGAUUUCUCAGAAGAGGAAGCUGAAGAUUUUGAAAGUGAAGAAGAAGAUGAUUAUGAAGAUGGUAUUGGAUCAGAAUCAGAUGACGAAAUUGUUGAAAAGAAAACAAAAGCCAAAGAUUUAGAUUUAGAGAAUAAAACAGCAUGGGGUAAAGAUAAAAAACUUUUUUAUUCAAAGAAAACCGAUUCAAAAGAUAUCGGAUCAGAAGAUGAAGAUGAAGAAGAAUUAGAAGCUCAACAAUUACAAGAACAUAGAAAUAAGUUAAUUAAAAAUGACGAUUUCCAAGAUGAUGAUCAAUCUUUUAAAAAUUUAUUAAAUAAGAAAAAUAAAGAUAAAUCAAUUUUAAAACCUGAAGAAAAAAUGUUACAAUCUUUAAAUUCUGAUUUAAAUUCAAUUAAUUUUGGUGAUAAAAAUUCUCAAAUUGAAAAAUUAGAAAAAGAUAUUUCAAAUUUUACAAAGAAAGAGAAAUUACAAUAUCUCAUUACAGAAUCACCAUUACUUUUAGAUUUAUUAGAAGAUUUUAAAGUUAAAAUGAAUGAAGUUAAAACAUCAAUUUUACCAGCACUUGAAAAAGUAAAAUCAAAUCAAUUACCAACUUCAAAGGGUAUUAGUUUUUUAGAAACAAAAUAUCAAUUAUUAUUAAGUUAUUGUUUAAAUAUUACAUAUUUUUUAAUGUUAAAAUCAUCAGGUGUUUCAAUUAAAGAUCAUCCAGUUAUUGAUCAAUUAAUAAAAUGUAGAACAAUGAUUGAAAAGAUUCAACCAUUAGAUAAGAAAUUAAAAUAUCAAAUUGAUAAAUUGCUAAAGAGUGCAAAUACUGGUACAUUAGUAGGUUCAUCAAAAGAUGAUCCAUUACAACAUAGACCAAAUUUAUCAUCAAUGGGUGGUGAUGAUGAUGAAGAUGAAGAUGAUGAACAAGGUUUAGAUAAUGAUUAUGAUGAUGAAAAUAGUAGAAUUGCUCAAAGAGCAGGUGUUUAUCAAGCACCAAAAUUAUAUGGUGCCAAAGGUGGUGUCAUUGAUCAAGAAGAUGCCAUCGCUAAAAAGAAAUCUAAAGAAAUUCGUGAUAAACAAAAAUCAAUUAAAGGUAAAAUGGCUAAAGAAAUUGAAGAAAUCUAUGGUGAUAAACCAGAGGAAGAAGAUGAUUAUUUAGAUGGUAGCGGUGGUGGUAGCAGUAGCAGAUAUCAUGGUGAUGAUGAAGAGGAUGAUGAAAGAGCACUUAAAAACUAUGAAGAAUCAAAUUACACUCGUGUUAUGUUAUCAAAGAAAGAACAAAAAGCAAUGAAAUCUAAACAAAAGAAAUUAUCAGAUGGUCUUAAUGACUUGGCAGAUUUUAGUGAUCUCACUUCACUCAUGGAGAAUGAAGAUGAUAAAGAAGCAAAAGAGAAUCAAGACUACUUGAGAAAGAAGAGAAUGGCAUCAAUUUUAAAUAAUGAAUUGGGUAGAAAUAAACGUGCUCGUUCAGCAGAUGAAGAUAUACCAUUACCAGAAAAACAAAAUAAAAGAGAUUUCAAUCGUUCCAGAGAUGAUGAAGUUGAAAGUGGUGGUGAAUCAGAUGACGAUAUUGAUAGUUUCAACAACAACAACAAAUCUCAAGAACCACAAUACGAUGGUAUUCCACGUACAAAUAAUUUUGAUACCUCUAAAGAUUUCUCUCAUAAAGAAGGUGAUAAAAGAAAAGUCAGUAAGAGCAUUGAAAAGAAUAGAGGUCUCACUAGACAACGUAGUAGAGAAAAUAGAACUCCACAUCUUCGUCAACGUAAUAGAUUCGAAAAAGCCACCAAGAAAAGAUCAAAUGUUAUUCAAACCGCUGAAAGAAAAGAUACAAGUUACACUGGUACUAAAUCAAUUAAUACAAAUUCUCGUAGAGCUCAACCAUAUGCUCAUUAA